AUGGCGGCGGCCGAGCCCGCGAGUUCGGGGCAGGCGGCGCCGCAGGGCCAGGCCCAGGGCCAGUGGACGCCCCCCGCCUCCCCCGCGCCGCCGUCGCAGCUCGGGGGCCCGGCGGGCGGGAGCAGUCGGCACGAGAAGAGCCUGGGGUUGCUCACGGCCAAGUUCGUGUCGCUGCUGCAGGAGGCGCAGGACGGGGUGCUGGACCUCAAGGCGGCUGCAGAUACUCUGGCUGUGAGGCAGAAAAGAAGAAUUUAUGACAUCACCAACGUCUUGGAAGGGAUCGACCUGAUUGAGAAAAAGUCAAAAAACAGCAUCCAGUGGAAAGGUGUGGGCGCGGGCUGCAAUACGAAGGAAGUGCUGGAGAGACUGCGAGACCUCAGAGCUGAGGUGGAAGACCUGGACCUGAAGGAAAGGGAGCUGGAUCAGCAGAAGUUGUGGCUGCAGCAGAGCAUUCGCAAUGUGAUGGAUGACACCCUCAACAGCAGAUAUCCUUUUCCAUGGUUGCACAUCACAGCGCUGGGGAGGGGGGUACGGAGCAGGGCCAGCGACCAGCAAGCUUUGCCUGACGUCCUCCCAGCCAAGAGUCGGUGCUUUGUUCACUGUGUUUAG